GUUCGCGGGCCUCUGCACCGGCGAGACCAGCGCCGAGGCCAGCACCUGCAUCGCACACCCACUCCGCGCCUCCUCCCGCACCUGCAGCACAACCAGCACCUCCCCCAGCGCAGCCAGCAGCAGCCUCCGGAGGGGGGAGCAUGCUGGGUGGGUUGAUGCAGACGGUGGGAGAGGGCAUGGCGUUCGGAACAGGAUCCGCCAUUGCCAACAGAGCGGUGGAUGCCAUCAUGGGUCCGCGCACUGUCGUGCAUGAGCACGUCAACUCCGCCGCGCCUGCAGCCGCGCCUGCUGCCGCCGCUCCCACGACUGCCAGCUCGCCGACGGACUGCGCUCAGCUGCAGCAGGAUUUUAACAAGUGCGUGGAGAUGCAUGGGAGCGACAUCUCCAAAUGCCAAUUCUACCUGGACAUGCUUACUGAGUGCAAGCGGAACGCCGCUUCAG